GCCAGGAAGCCUCCGGAAUAGCAAGAGAGGAAAACUAGCCGUUAAAAUAUCAGCGCCCCUCCUCUCCUAUUUAUCAUGUCUAUUCCCUCCCUCGAAAGAGGUCGAUUCAAGAAGCGAGAGCAAACCCUACCGAACGGCUCAUCCAAACAUCAGGAAGCGAUCUUGAAAGUAGAGGAUGGGGUCGAGAACAGCCUCCAAGGACAUCAUCACCCUCCGUGGCUCCGCCGCCAUCGUCAGCGAGUUCUUCGGGUAUGCGGCGAACAGCAUACUCUACAAUCGAGGCAUCUACCCGGAAGAGAGCUUCACCAAGGUGAAGAAAUAUGGGCUGCCGAUGCUGCUCACCCAGGACGAGGGCGUCAAAUCGUUCCUCGCCGGCCUGACAUCCCAGUUGACAGAAUGGUUGGAGGCUGGGAAGCUGCAGAGGGUGGUUCUAGUGAUCAUGAGCAAGGCCACCUCAGAGGUCCUGGAGAGAUGGAAUUUCAGCAUAGAGACAGAUGCCGAGGUCGUCGAGAAGGGUGUCAUCAAGGAGAAGAGUGACAAAGAAAUCAUGAGAGAGAUUCAAGCCAUCAUGCGUCAGAUAGCCUCCUCCAUUACUUACCUGCCCUGUCUCGACGAACCCUGCGUGUUUGAUGUGCUGGCCUACACUGAUAAGGAUGUCGCUGUCCCGUUCACUUGGAUUGAAAGUGAUGCAAAGCUGAUCAAGGACCCCCAAAUGGUGAAGUUACAUUCCUUUGAUACCAAGGUAGGACAAAGAUUAAUCAGCUCUUUGCGCUGCUCUUUCUGUCUGAUUGCAUUUAUCUAUCUUUUAUUCCCAACUUUCAUUUUUGUCUAAUAUGGCUUGUUGAAGAUACACAAAGUGGACACACUGGUUUCUUACAAGAACGAUGACUGGGAUGAGCAGUAGCAGCUGUAAAUGGGAUUCCUUCACGCCUCUAAACAAAUUGUGUGAUCGGAGGGAGACAUGGCUCUCCUGUGAAUCAUUCAUUCACUCUUAGGAUAGGAGUGUAUGAGCAUUUUGUGCUGAAAUGUGGUGGCAACAUUUCAUGCUUCUUAUGAAGUUGUUGUGUGCUUCGAAUCAAGCUCUCCUGUGAAUCAUUUAUCACUAUCAGUAAUCCAUUCUUCCGACUGUUGCCGGUGGUAGCAUUUGGUACCGAAGCGUGAAGACAACAAACAUUUUCUAUUACAUCUGAAUUCAGCUCGGGACCACCGUGUGACCUAAAUUUUCAGAUGAAUUUUUGUUUACUGCUUGGAUUGUGGCUUACUUUCCAAAAAAAAUAUUUACUGA